AACCAGUCAGUGAGUGAAAGAGGGAUAAUAAGAAGGGUAGAUGAAAUCACCCGACUCACAAAUCCUCUCUCACCAAAAACCGCUUCUCUCCCUACCCCUACCCUCAAAAUAUCUCAUUUCAUAUUUUACACGCACACACACACAUAUAUAUAUAUGUAGUGAGAUAAGGAUAGUGAGGUAGAGAGAGAGAGAGAUAGAGAGAGAGAGAGAGAGUGAUUCUCCUUCUCCAUCAAUCCCCAGAUCCAUGGAGUCAAGAAAGCUCAUCUCCCUUCAGGAGCUGUCGGGCCACAGCAAGCCCGAAGAUCUCUGGAUCUCGAUUCAGGGCAAGGUCUACGACGUCACCCACUGGGCCAAAUCCCACCCCGGCGGCGCAUCCCCCCUCCACAGCCUCGCCGGCCAGGACGUCACCGACGCCUUCGUCGCCUACCACCCCGCCACCGCCUGGCGCCACCUCGACCCCUUCUUCACCGGCUACUACCUCCGCGACUACUCCGUCUGCGACGCCUCCAAGGACUACCGCAAGCUCGUCUACGAGUUCACCAAGAUGGGUCUCUUCGACAGGAAGGGCCACGUCACCUUCGUCACCCUCCUCUUCAUGGCAGUGCUGUUCGUGUCCAGCGUGGUCGGGGUGCUCCGGUCCGACACCUGGUGGGUGCACCUGCUCUGCGGCGGGGCGAUGGGAUUCCUGUGGAUCCAGUCCGGGUGGAUCGGGCACGACUCCGGCCACUACCGUAUUAUUAGCAACCCGAGGAUUAACCGAUUCGCGCAGGUCCUCACCGGGAAUUGCCUCACUGGGAUCAGCAUUGCAUGGUGGAAGUGGAACCACAAUGCCCACCACAUUGCCUGCAACAGCCUCGAGUUCGAUCCCGACCUCCAGCACAUGCCCUUCUUCGCCGUCUCCUCCAAGUUCUUCGGCUCCCUGACCUCCUACUUCUACGAGCGCAAGAUGAACUUCGACCCUGUCACCCGAUUCCUGGUCAGCCACCAGCACUGGACGUUCUACCCCGUGAUGUGCUUCGCAAGGAUCAACCUUUGGGCUCAGUCCUUCAUACUGCUUCUAUCGAAGAGGCGGGUGCCGUACCGGGGCCAGGAGAUCCUAGGCAUCCUCAUGUUCUGGAUUUGGUACCCGAUGCUUGUUUCCUGCCUACCCAAUUGGUGGGAGAGGGUCAUGUUCGUGGUCGCGAGCUUCGUCAUCACAGGGAUCCAGCACGUCCAGUUCUGCCUCAACCACUUCUCGUCGAGCGUCUACGUGGGGCCACCCAGCGGUAACGACUGGUUCGAGAAGCAGACACAAGGGACCCUUGAUAUCAAAUGCUCGCCAUGGAUGGACUGGUUCCAUGGUGGGCUCCAGUUCCAGGUCGCGCACCACCUCUUCCCUCGACUUCCUCGUUGCCAACUCAGGAAGGUUUCCCCCUUGGUGCAGGAGCUCUGCAAGAAGCAUAACUUGCCCUACAACAGCGAGUCUUUCUGGAAGGCCAAUGCCAUGACUGUCUCGACCCUUAGGACCGCCGCCCUUCAGGCUCGUGACCUGACCAGCCCUGUCCCGAGGAAUCUUGUCUGGGAAGCCGUGAACACUUACGGGUGAAAUCCCUCAAGGGUGGAUCUUCGUCCCAGAUUUUUCGAUAUCAAGGUCUCUCUUGUGGUGAUAUUGAUGCAUUGAUUUCUGAGGGUGAUGGCUUCAAAACAUUUUCAUUAUUGCUUGGAGUUGGAGGGUCAGUCGUUUCGGUUUCCUUCAGCCUCGUCACCCGAAAAUGCCGGUGAGGUUACUGCAAUGGAGAGAGUUAACAGGCGGCCCGGUAUUUCGGUUUAUAUUCAUGUCUAUAUAAUUUGAUGAACUUCAGUCUUGUUCCGGAUAAAUGGAGGUAGACAUUUGAUAGUGAUAGUUUCCAUUCGUACUGGGAAGUAUUCUUCAAGUUUAUGUUCUAUCUUCUUCUUGUUGAUUUAACUUUUAUCUCAUCAGUUAUGCCCUUAUGAGAGUUUGGAUUUUGUUCUGUUUAGGAUCAAACUGCGGUUCGGAUCUGUUUCAUUUGAUUCCAUAAUCCAAUCAACGUGGUUUUUCAUUGCAUAA